AUGUACGUGUCUCUGUACGCUAAUAAACUGGAGCGCGUGCAGACGCAGUUCACGUCGGAGCUGAGGAAGAAAGACGAGACGAUCGCCUGCCUUCGUCAGGAGCUGGAGGAGACCAAAGCAAGCCUUCGUCACCAGCGCGUCCUGGCCAUCGUACGACGUGCGACGCCUCUUCAGGGAUCUUUGGCGUCGCAGGACCCCAAGGAUAAAUCGUCUCGAGACGGUGAGACUACGUCUCGUGACGGUGAGACUACGUCUCGUGAUGGUGAUCCGAUGUCUCGUGAUGGUGAACCGAUGUCUCGUGAUGGUGAAACAACGUCUCGUGAUGGUGAAACUACGUUAAUUAAUGAUGAAACUACGUCUCGGGAUGGUGAAACUACGUCUCGUGGUGACGUGACGAUGUUACCAAAAAAUGGAGAACAUCCAGACCAUUUUUUCGAUGAGCCAGAAUUUGUAUUUAGCACGCAACCCGCCCAGCAAAAGUACAACGAUGAGUCCUCUAGAGUUUUUGAAAAAGGAAAUGGUUCAGCGUCGCAAAGAAAUUCUAAUCGCGUUGAUUUAUCAGACGAAUGUCGUAAUGAGGACAUACCUUGUACUACUGAGGCCACAAAUUGUCCUAGCGAGGCCAAAACUUGUGCUAUUGAGGACACAACGUACGGCAACGAAGAUACAGGCAGCGAUUUAGAAGCCACGCAGAUAUUUCAGGAGAACAAUAUUACUAAACAUAAAGACCAAGAACAAAGCAACACAUUUCAAGAUAAUUUUUACAACUUUAAGCGAACUGCAGAUAUUGAAAAUAACUCGCGCCGUGAAUCCAAAAAUGACUUUGAGUUCAGCCAAGCCACUCGUAAUAUCGAGGGCAAUGAUUCUGGUGCAGGCGCGGGUAAACUCAGCGCAACUUUUGACCUCGGCGGUGAAGAUUGGACUGGAAUUCAGUAUAAUGAGAACACUGAUCAGAACACUAAUUUAAUUAAGGGUAGGAAUCCUGAAAGAAACGUUGACAAGCCAGAAAAUGACAGAGCAUUUGCGUUUAGUUUGUGUGGCAGUCAAACCGUACCGGGACGUGGCGCGAUACAAGCUCAGAAUAACGAUAUUGAAAAAAAUUUUCCUUCAAAGAGUGGGUUCGAUGAUAUCAAUAACAAUUUCAGUUCAACAAUGGAACGAGGUUACGAAACUUCAGCUCAACAUUCCACUGAGAAUUGCGAACCCCGACAUUCUAAAUCAUCGGCGAAGAAUGCCAACGCUAGCCUGCAUAACGUGUAUGAAGUUUCAUCAACGUCACAUCCAAAUGACGAUGAACGUGCAGCACUCAACCACAAUGGGUUGAAAACUUACGAAAACAAUAAAGAAAAUUACGCAACCGUAAUCGAGCCCAAGCCAAAGAAAGCCUGGCAAUUUUCGUGUCCAAAAGAAGACAAUUCGAGCGUCGUUGUCACCAGGACGAGGCUAGCUGCUCAUCGUCGACGUUCGUUGCCUCUGUCAGCCGUCACUAUCAAUUCAAAUGAUGAUGAUGAUGUCCUUCCUGAUUUAUUUACCGCUGGAAAAUCAUCCGAAUCCUCUGAGAAUAAUCUUCAAUGUCGAGUAACUUCAAGCGUUAGUAAACCAAAUGAAGAAUUUUUGUUGGAAGCCGAUACACUGACAUUUGAUUUUCCUUCUCCAGUACCAAAGUUUGCCUUGCCUGAUGAAGUCCGCGCUUCAAAUCCCGAUUCAAGGUCUCCAGAACCCGACGUUGGUCAAGUAUUAUCCUCUAAAAACAACAAUAUUUCUGUAGAAAACUCUAGGAGCAAUGGUAAAUUUCCGCCAAAUCGGGAAAACGGCAAAGGCUUGAAGGUUUGGAUUGCACACAAUCGCACGCAACCUGCCCGGCAGUGCGAGGCGAGCGAGGUGCUUACGUGGCCUGGCGACGAUGAAAUAUUCGAAGAAGUUCUUGAUAUGAGCUUCCCUAAAGCCAAGCCAAGGAAGAAAGAUCAUUUCGAUGACAUGCAAGAUUAUUCUCUGGUUACGAGUCACUCUUGCGUCGAAGAGGACCGUCCGGCCCCUAAGAAGAAUCUGAAACGGAAGCUCUACUCUGAUGAUUAUUUCUUAUUAUAAUUUAGAACGCCAGCUUUUCCUGUAGUAUCGCUCCUUACAUUCACAUUGCAGGGCAUUACUAAGGUAACAUCAUGGCAAUUUAAAUUCAGUAAAGUUGAGUUAUAACACUGAACUAGAUUUGCUGCUUGGUACCUCCAAGUUAAAUAUUACAGCUAUUUACUAAUAUGACUCUCCAAAAACUUGUUACUAGUGUCAUUGUGUUGAGGUGGUACAAUAUUUUGUUAUGCCGUUGUUAUGAAUCAUCGAUGAAGUCCGUUUUAGAUUCAUUUUACUUCAGAGUUAACUAAUGAUGGUCAAUAGAUUUUAUUGACGAAUUUUUCCACCAGUCCAAAUAUAACUCUGCUGUCCAAGUUCUGAAGGUUUAGCUAAAUAUAUACAUUUUCAUUCUCCUUGACUGAGCACAGUUUCCCGAUGUUUAUUUUUGCAUGACUGACUCAUGCAUUUAUUACUUCUAUUUCCCGUUGGAAUAGUAGAUUACUAGCUCAUUUACACAUUAUAUGGUACCGUCUUGCUUACUUUUCAUGUGCAAAGUUUUUUGUUGUAGAGUUAAAGUUUAUUGAUAUUGUAGUUUUUGUAGCUGCUAGCAAUCUUCUUUUCUGCCUUUUUGACGUUAUGGCUAUUUUCGCCUAUGGUAGUUGUUCCUACAUAUGUUUAUUAGAAAAUAUUAUCAUUUAUACAGCUCGUUUUUUCUCGAUGCUGAACAUCGUCGGCAAAUUCUUCCGUUUGAUAUGAGUAUGAGUCCUGAGAUUUAGGUAAUUAAGCUAGUUCUUAUUUUCUACGAGUUUAA